GUCUCCAGCUUUCGAGCUCUGGCUCUCUCUCUCUCUCUCUCUCUCUCUCUCUCUCGACAAUCUCUGUUCAUUCUUUGGUUUUCUCUCUUCCGGGCAAUUCUUUUCCCUCACUUUCUCGGGAAAAGUAUCGGUUUUUCUGGGGGAAAGAUUCGAUUUUUUUAUCUGGGUUUGCCGGAGAUCGGUGGGUUUAUUUCCCGGCGGUGGGCGGUGAAGGAGGUUGAAGAGUUUGAGAUUGGAGUGAGAUUUAAAGGAGGAGGAAAAAAUGUGGUGGAUGAUGGGUGAAUCCGGUGGUCACUACUGUUCGAAAAAGUUCGAUGAUCUCUGCGGCCAGGAAUCGGAUCGAGCCUUCGGCGUUUCGAGAAUCUGCUGCUUCUUGCGUGGCGUGGACAUCAAAUCGUAUCUGUUACUGUUAGUGUUUCUUCCAAUGUGUUUGUUCGGUGCUUACAUUCACGGCCAGAAGAUUUCGUAUUUCUUGAGACCCCUGUGGGAAUCGCCUCCGAAACCCUUCAACGAGAUCCCCCAUUAUUACCACGAGAACGUUUCCAUGGAAACUCUCUGCAAGCUCCAUGGAUGGGGCGUCAGAGAAAACCCUAGACGAGUUUACGACGCGGUUCUGUUCAACAACGAGGUAGACCUCCUCACGAUCCGUUGGAAGGAGCUUUACCCUUACGUCACUCAGUUUGUCCUUCUGGAAUCGAACUCGACCUUCACUGGAUUGCCGAAGCCGCUGGUUUUCGCCGAUCACAGGGACGAGUUCGAGUUCGUCGAGCCACGACUGACCUACGGGAAGAUCGGAGGGAGGUUCAGGAGAGGAGAGAGGAACCCUUUUUACGAAGAGGCCUAUCAGAGGAUCGCGUUGGAUCAGCUCAUCAGAAUCUCGGGCAUAAAAGACGACGACUUGCUCAUCAUGUCGGAUGUCGACGAAAUCCCGAGCAGACACACCGUUAACCUCCUCCGAUGGUGCGAGGAAAUACCCGAAAUCCUCCACCUCAGGCUCAAGAACUACUUAUACUCGUUCGAGUUCCUGGUCGAUAGCAAGAGCUGGAGAGCCUCAGUUCAUCGGUACAGGACCGGGGAGACGAGAUACGCCCAUUUCAGACAGGCCGACCAGAUCUUGGCCGACGCCGGAUGGCAUUGCAGCUUCUGUUUCCGACGUAUCAGCGAGUUCGUGUUCAAGAUGAAGGCUUACAGCCACUACGACAGGGUGAGAUUUUCUCGGUACCUCAGCCCUAAGAGAGUGCAGAGAGUGAUAUGCAGAGGGGACGAUCUGUUCGACAUGCUUCCGGAGGAAUAUACGUUCAGAGACAUCAUCGGAAAAAUGGGUCCGAUCCCGCAUUCGUUUUCCGGCGUCGAUCUUCCGGCGUUCCUGCUGGAGAAUUCCGACAAGUACAGGUUUCUGUUGCCUGGAAACUGUUUGAGAGAUUGAUCCUCAAAAAUUUAUACUCACUGAUUGUUGUUGAUUCUUUGUUGGUUAGAAAGUUCGAGUUUUUUUUUUUGUUUUUUUGACGAAUUCUUGGAUAUUUUUGUAUAUAUGAAUUAAAUUCUAUUUUA